AUGCACACAGCACAUAUAUUAGCGUCUUAUUACACGAACAAAGAACGUGCUAAAUUUUUCUCAGUGCAAUCAGUUGAAUUAAGAAUUUCAACCUGAUGUUUUGUUGUUUUCUUGUUUUACGCUUGAAAUUUUAAAAUUAUAACAAUAUAAACAAAUUAAUUCGGUGGAGUGAUUAAACAUUUUAUUAAUUUAAAGUAACUAACAUUCAAAAUACUUUUAUUCAUAAAAUUACCAUUGCUCAUGCGCAUAAAUCUAAAUUAUAUUGCGGCCAUAUUGUUAUUGAUUUUUUGAAGUAAACAACCUCACCGCAGACGCUUGUAUAAUUCUUUGUCAUUGAAUUCAUAGCUUAUUAGUAGUUUAAAUUAAAGAUGCGGCACUUAAUUAUGCAGGGAGAAAAUCUCACUGCUCCUCCUAGUAAUAAUGGCAGUUCUCAUACCAGUUUAAGUGCACCAUUACCAUCAGAUAUUAAUCCAACUGAAAGCAACAUGUCAAUGAAUACUGAUCAAGAUUCUAACCUAGUUGAAAAACGAAGGGGUGGCUGGCCAAAAGGUAGAAAACGAAGGCGUGGCCCAAGGGAUAUGAAUGCACCUAAGCAGCCUCUUACCGGAUAUGUGCGAUAUUUAAAUGAAAAUCGAGAAAAGGUCAGGGGUGAAAAUCCAGGUGCCAGUUUCUCUGAGGUCACUAAAAUACUUGCAUGUGAUUGGAGUAAGUUAGGAGUGUCAGAAAAACAGAAAUAUCUUGAAGAAGCAGAAAAAGAUAAAGAACGUUAUAUGAAAGAAUUAGAACAGUAUCAACAAACAGAGGCUUAUAAAAUUUUCAAGAAACAGCAAGAGAAAAAGCGAAAAGAAUAUGAAGAUGGAGAUGGUUCUUAUUAUACAUCGUCAAAUGUUGAGAUGGAAGAUCCUAGAUUUCUGAAGCCUGGAUUACCCUAUAUGGAACAACAAUCUCCUAUGAACGAAGCUCAUCAUGAUAGUGAAGCACCAGGGUUUGAUAUUCCAAUUUUCACUGAAGAAUUCCUUGAUCAUAACAAAGCCAGAGAAGCUGAAUUACGACAGCUGCGUAAAUCAAACACUGAAUAUGAAGAGCAAAACGCUAUUCUGACCAAACAUAUUGAGAAUAUGAAGUCUGCAAUCGAUAAACUUGAGGUUGAAAAUGCUCAACAACACAGUAAUAAUAUAGGGCUGAAACAGCACUUGGAUAGUUUGCGCAACAUGCUACUAAACAGCUUUGCUGACUUUCCUCUGCCAAAUACAAAUGAACUUCCGACACCUGAAACACUCGACAUUUACAUUGGUCAUUUACAUGGCUUGCUUGAAAAUCCUGGUGAAAAUGAACCUAUGCUUGCCAGAGCCCGUGAAAUUAUUAGCAAGUUAGAAUACCCAUAAAGGCAAUAUCACCUGAACCAAUCAUCAUUCAUCUGUAUACGUUUUUGUUUGUUUGUUGUAUGUGUUGUAAAUAUUUUUAUGUUUUUUAUACAUGUCAAGUUCUCAGUUGCUUCUUAAUGAUAAUAAUGUUAUCAACGUUAGUUAAAAUUCAUAAAUUUUAACAAUAGUUUUUAAAAAAAACACUAUAUUGCAUUUUUAUUUUGUUGUCUGUGAAUAUUUUAUUCCAAUCAUAAGGACUGAGGUUAUUUUGAGUUUAGAUAAUAAGUACUAUAUUUUAAGAUAUUAAUAUCAAUUAAAAAAAUAUUGUUUCCCAGUAAGAAUUUUAAAGCAAAAAUAAUAAUUAAAAAAACUAGUUUCAUAAUACAGCAUAAACAAAGUUCACUCACUUUAUGAAAUCAAAGUCCAAUUAUUUAAGAGAAUGAUUACAACUUUAUUAAUUCAGAAUUUAGUUAUUUAUUUUAUAUGUUUUUGCUUUCAUGUGCUUUGUAAAUAAUGUAUGUGUUUUUUUUUUUAUAUAUAUAUAUAAAGAUCAUGACAAGUUCUUAGUUAAUUUUCAAUAAUAGUAAAGUUAAUAAUCUUUGUGAAAAAUAAAUAAACAAAUUUUUACUAAAUUGCUAAAAGCAAAACAUGUUUGUUGCAUUAUUAAAAUGAUUUGAUUUAUGUGAAUAAAUGAAUAUAUUAUGGCACUUAUUAAAACCAGGUUUAAUUUAAGGUAAUGAUGUGGAUUAAAUUAAUUUUAUAAUAUGGAUACAAAUAAAGAAAGUAAAUAAUGCAUAAUAUGGCAAUCCGAUUAGAAUAAUGUCACAACUAAAACUCCUAAUUUUUUUAGAAAACAAUUAUAAAUUGCACAUAUGGAAAUCAAGAUCAAAAUAGUUAAGAAAGAACUGUUAGUAUAACAUGUACCUUUGUUAGUCAAUUGAGUUACUGCAUAACUUUCGCUCUCUUAUUUUAUAUUUUCAAAAUUUAAAUUUAUUAAAAUUUUUGAUUUCUGACUUUA